AUGGGAGUCGCUGGAUGCUCAGAAUGCUCCCACACGGGCACUAGCGGACCGGCCACGUGUACAGAGUGUCAAGCAGGGUUCGUUACGAAGGACAGUGCAUGUGUGAAGUGCGGAGACGGCUGCUCUGCUUGCUCAGCUGAUACUCCGACUCAGUGUACCGCCUGCGUUGAGGGGAAGUACCUGAAGGAUGGUAACACUUGUGUAGAUGCUGGUGGAUGUGACAAUGGUAACUAUGCGGACAAGAAGACCUGGACCUGUAAGGCCUGCAGUGAGAUACAAGGAUGCACCGCGUGUGCAUACGACGACGCCACGGGAAAGCCGAAGUGCACCGACUGCGGUAGUAAGACGGUCAGAGACGAGCUGGAUGGGACAACGACCUGUGUUGAUGAGGCCGAGUGCAAAGUGGGCAAGACGCACUUCUACGACGCCUCGAAGUGCGUGCAGUGCGGCGACAAUGGUAAGGGCGGAGUCCAGAACUGCAAGCUGUGCACCGCAAAAGGCACCUGCGAGGCUUGUGUCGACGGGUAUAAAGUCAACGGAAACGCCUGCGAGGCCUGCACAGGAAACUGCGCAGAGUGCGGAACAGCGGGUCAAAUCAACACAUGUACAAGAUGCAUGCCGGGGUACUUCCUUAAGGAUGGCCCGCCUAAGACAUGCGUUCUCUGUGAUGACGAGACAAGUGGGAUUCCAGGCUGUGCCGAGUGCACAGGCGGCGUGGGGUCCCUCAAAUGCACUGAAUGUAAGCCCAACUACAGACCCAGCGGAGAACCUAGCGACCUCACAUGUACAAAGACCUGUGAAGAUGAGACUGCAUGUGGAGGGACAGCAGGGGCCUGCGACGCCAUCGUGGUCGGCAACGACGGCAGCAUGCUCUCUUACUGUUCAAAGUGUGUUGGCGCCGGCUAUGGCCCUAUUAAUGGGAAGUGCACCAAUGCACUUGCAGGUAAUACCUGCGCCGAUGGCGUAUGUACGCGGUGCACCAACAACUACUUCCUCUAUAUGGGUGGUUGCUAUGAUGUGUCGAAGGCUCCUGGCAACCUCAUGUGCUCUGCGGCUCCAAGUGGGUUCUGCACCACACCGGUCGGGCGCUACUUCAAGAUUCCCGGGGACUCUGCUGCUCAGCAGAAGAGAGGAUGA